AUGGUUCUGCCAGCUUUUGUACUCCUUCCGCUUUAUAUGUACCCAUACAAUUCAACCUCAUGGAGCACACUUACCACCUCCAUUGUCGCUAACCCAAAUCUUAAGUUUCACGUGGUUGUUUCCCCCAAUUUAGCAUUCACGGAUCCUGAUGUCAACUAUGUUGCAGGCCUUACAAGCUUGAAUAGCCAUCCAAAUGUCCUUACUCUUGGUUAUAUCUAUACAUCUUACGGAUCUCGAGAUUUCUCAGAAAUUGCAGCAGACAUCGUGAAGUAUGUCAAGUGGAAUACAGCAACUCAACUACCAAUUGGCGGACUUUUUUUCGAUGAAUCACCAUCGGAUAACUCAACAUUCCCAUAUAUGAGUAACCUUACCGCAUAUGCGAGGACUUUGUUAGGGGCCGGUAAAGAUCAUAUAUCUCUUAAUCCGGGUAUCCACGUCGAUGCGUCCUUCUAUACCCUAGCCGAUAGCAUCAACGUAUUCGAAGAGUCUUAUGCGAAUUUCAAUCGAACUGCAUUGACUAGUUUGGAUAAGGCCUUACGGGUUAAGUCAACGUAUACAAUCCAUGACUUUACAGGAACCACGACACAACAAACUGCUCUUGUGAGUCAGCUUGCAUCUGCAAACCUGGCAGGAAUUUUGAUAACGACACAACCUGGAUACACGGCGUGGUCAAGCUUAUGGCCUUCCUUUUGCUCUGCAAUGACAAAAUUGAGCCUUGGUGGUGGUAGUGGAGAAGGGCGAGGAGGAGAUGGUGGUUGUAAUAACGGAGGACAUGAAGGAGGUGGAGGAUAUGGCGGUGGAGACAACUGCGAUGGUGACGAAGAUUGA